GACACCGACGCAUAUAAAUCUAUCUAACGGUGCCCUUGUUGUGAAGCAAAUUUAUUUGUAGCUCGUUGUGCAGUUCAGCGUAGAAGUAAGUUUAGUACAUAAAUCUAAAAGGCCAGUAAAGAAAUAAGUGAGAUCAAAUCGAACAACCCUCAGGGCAGCAAUAGCAGCAGUUCUGUAAUUGAUGUGGGCUAUAACCUGAAGAUGAGUGAAGAGGAUGUAGUCAAUGUAAGCUCGGCUCAUGUCUUCCGCGUGCCAAGGCCCCUGAGAGAGUCCAACGACAGCUCUUGCAGUCCUCAUCUUGUUUCAAUCGGCCCUUUCCAUUAUGGGAAAGAGGAGUUGAAAGAGAUGGAGAAAUCCAAAUCUGAGGCAGUUCGAAGGAUGCAAAAGAGAAUCCAGACACAGAGGAUGGAUCCACACGCUUCUAUCAAGACAAUUGUUGAAAACAACAUAGUGCUCAAGGACAAGGAGAUCAGGGAGUUCUACGGUGAACGUAUUCCCCACUUCAAUCCCAUAGAGUUAGCGUGGAUAGUCACUAGAGAUGCUUGCUUUAUCUAUGAACUUCUUAUUAAUUUUUUGGGAAAGUCUUAUCCAAAUCAGUAUUAUGCGCAGGAAGUGACUGCAUAUUCCUGGAUAAAUGAUCCAGUUUUUAAUACCAAUCUUCAAAAUCCAACACUGGCUAAUCUUAUGGCUGACAUACUUUUAUUUGAAAAUCAAAUACCUCUGUGGGUUUUGCAGAACAUCCUCCAAAUCCAGAUGGGUGUCUAUUUCGCCAUUGUCGGCAAUAGUAACUUCUUCAUUCAAGGUGAAGCGGUGCCACUGGAAGCUUCGUCUCGCAAUUCCAUACAGAUCUGUUUUGAGAGUUGUAUUGAAUCAGUUAAGGCCGUUUUGGGAAUUUGGUGUAAGAAGAAGUCUUCGCGCUUUAGCUCCGCAAUUGCGCACCUUCGCGAGCAGGGCAAGGUAAUUAAUGUAAAGCUUCCAAGAGCAGUGGAACUCACUCGCAGAGGAGUGAAGAUCUACCCAGUGACAUCAGAAGAUAUAAGAAAAGGUGUGCUAAUUAACUAUACAGCCAUUCCCUUUACAAGAUUUGAUGAGAAAACAUCAACGCUUUACUUACCAGAAGUGAGGCUAACGCCGGAGUCAAACACAGUCAUGAGAAACAUGGUUGCCAUGGAAGUGAGUUUAAAAAAGAAGUACGAUCCAAGACCUUCGACACAGUUUUCCCUAUUUAUGGAUGAGCUGAUAGACGGCGAGGAGGACGUUGCUAUUCUAAGGAAGGCAGAGGUGAUUCACAACUUCCUUGGAAGCAACCAACAAGUGGCACAACAUUUCAAUUCCUUAACCAAAGGGAUUAACCCUUCUAUUGGCUGCAAAGUAAUUGAUGACGUCAGAAGGGGACUGCAUAAGUACACGAGAAAAAAGUAUAAGAUUCUUUGGAGAGAGUUCAUAAGUGCCUAUUUUUCAAAGCCAUGUCUGGUUGCAGGUUCCAUGGCUGCCGUACUGCUACUUCUGAUGACAGUGGCACAAGUGUUCUCCUCCUGGCCUAUUAUUACCAGAAAUAUUGAGUUCCUCUGCAAGAUUGUUGGUAUACUGCCCAGCUUCACGACUGCCUGGAGAAGCACCUAUAUCCAAGAGGAAGGGCUUUCGGGUAGACAAGACCUUGGUAUUACGGCCAACUGUGACAUCAUUGAAGGCAACUCUUGGGGGCUUGGUAGUGGAGAAGAGUGGAUUCCAGAUGAUGACCGUCACCCCUGGAAGAAAGAGAAAGCAUUGGCCCAUGCAGCUUGCAGGAAUGAUUUCUUGGUAAUUUUGGAUGCAGUUGUUGCUCCUGAUCUCGGUACCGAGGACCCAGACUCAAAUACAGAAGAAUCCUGA